GUUUCCUUGGUCACUGGAUUCUUUAUAUCCUGCUUGGAUAAGAUUGGGAGAAAAAUAAGGCAGAAGGAUAUUCCUUUUGGAAAUAUCCAGCUUAUUACCUCAGGUGAUUUUUUACAGUUACCCCUCAUUACCCCCAAGAACUCCUCACCUGAUUUUGCUUUCAUGUCCACAUCAUGGAUGGAUAUGUUCACACAGAAUAUCAGAUUGACUACAGCCUACUGCCAGCAGAGUCCAAGUAGGUUCCGAUGA